UUUUUUCCCUGCGGUGUGUUAAGAGUAAAAAAAGUACUGGCUAUGUUACGUUUUGCAAUUUUGGCUGCUGCAGUUUGGCUGUAUCCAUGAUAAAAUUGAGAAGACACACGUAGCCCUGUCUGGGGUGGAGCAAGUGGCUGGGGCAGAUCUCGCUCCAAAAUGCGGUGUUAUCGUAGGUGGAUUAAUAUAGAGCUGCAUUGCGCCGGCAGAAUGUUUUUAUGGGGAACAGAGAAGAGCUACUGCAUGUGCUGUGAGCAGAUUUUCCACAGUUGCAUAUUCACAGCCAGUUUGGGGAAGAGAAGUUGCAUUCUAGAUCUAUAUAGAAGGAAGCAGCUGUGGGAAGCAGGGAGAGGCAGGGUCCUUCCCACCCGACUUUCCUCUAGGCUGUGACGGUUGCUUUGUGCAGAGCCAGCCCCCAGCUCCCUUAUACGUUGCUGAGGUGCACAAAUUAUUGAUCACCUUAUUUUACUGCACAGGUUUUAAAAAGUGCACUUCUUUUGCUGCCUUGUUCUUGUAAGAGAAAGGGAGAGGUGGCAGGCAGGGAGAAGAAGCAGGUGUGCAGGCACAAAGCUGCAUUUGAGGAGGUGCUCUGUUAAUGUUAGUACUCUUUCCACCAUUGUCAAGCUGAGGUGACCAGGCAGUUUUGAAUAGGCAAUCUUCAUCACAGGUGCCAUAUGCUUCAUGAAGAUGUUUGUCUUCUGGGUUAAUUGAGGCUUAGAUAUUGUUUAGAGUGUAGAGCUGUCAUUUUUAGUUGUAUCAAGUGUUUAUUGUACCAGUAACCUGAAGUUUUCUUGUAGUUUGAUUUUGCAACGCUACCUGUCGGGUUAAGAGAAAAUAAUGUCCCUGCUUUAAUGUUUAGAGAAAGUUCCACAAGCAAAUUGGUAAUGUUUAACCUCAGAGACAACAGUAAAGCUCAUUCUCAGAACUCUAAAAAAUGUGGGUGUCAUUUUUGUACUUAAAAAAAAAAAGAAAAAGAAAAAAGGCAACAAAAAAACAGCAACAAAGAAUAACAAACAACAAAAACACCCCUACGCCCCGAUUCACCAAAACUGAAGCAGGAGGAGUACAGCAGAAGCCCUUUGUAAAAAGAAACAGAAGAGCAAACUCACAAUAUGCUUGUACAACGAGGACAGAAACUUGCAGCGUAUUCGAGAGAGAGAGAGGCGGAAUCAGGAGGCUCUCCAGGAGAAAGACCAGAGCCCUGAGAAGGCUCCCCUCUUUGCAGAACCCUACAAGACUAAUAAAGGAGAUGAGUUGUCAAGCCGAAUUCAGAACAUGCUGGGCAAUUAUGAGGAGGUCAAGGACCUCAUGAGCCACAACAAAUCCCAUCAGAAACUCAUUGGAGUUCCUAAAAAUGUCGCUUCUCUGAUCCCACAACAAAAGCCUCAUCACCCAUACUUCCCUGAAAAGACCAGCCAUACAUUACCAUCUUCAUUCCACCGCACAACCCACCAUCCACCCAUGGGACCUACGGUUGUAGCUCCUCCCGCUUCAAGCCACUCCAUUCACUACCAAAAGGCACAAUCAAGAACAGACCCAGCUCCAGGUUUGCACGCCAAGAGUCACACCUUAUCCAAUGGUCAGAGCCAAAGUGAAGAACAGAAUCAUGGCAGCCAGGGAAGUCAUGUGGAUUUUCACCACAAGAGAAAUGACAGGCAUGUGCUUGGUGAAGGUCAUGCUAAUGAACUGCAGCCUUCCUUUUCGGUGCUUUCUCCAUUGCUAUCAUCUUUGUCUUCUCCAGUGGCGCCCCUGUCACCUCUACAUUCCAGCCAGCAUAUCGAUUCCAGGUCACAGAACAGCAGUAAAAGUCAUGGGCCGACCUACAGUCAAACAAAAUCAUUUCAGAACCUAGUGACAGGAUCACAAGAGAAGGAAAGUCGGGGCUGCUCAGCGGUUAACCUGACCAGCACCACUCAGCCUUCCUCUCAGACUUUUCCCCCACCUUUGCCAUCAAAAACCAGUGCAAUGCAGCAGAAACCGACUGCCUAUGUCAGACCAAUGGAUGGCCAAGAUCAGGCACCAGAUGAAUCGCCAGAUCUCAAACCUUUCCAGGAGGAAUACCAUAGAGAACCCUAUGAAGAAGUCUCCGAUUUGAAGACAGACGCCAAAGCUAAACUAUCCAAAUUGGAAAUCCCUUCUGAGCCUGUAGAGCAAACCUUCCCUGGUGAAGUCCACUCCAUUGACGAAAUUUUGAAGGAAAUGACCCACUCAUGGCCACCUCCCCUGACAGCUAUUCGUACGCCUAGUACAACAGAGCGUUCCAAAUUUCCCUUCCCAAAAAAGGGAUUGCAGCAUGCUGGAUCUGUAGCACAGAAUCAGCAACAGUAUGACGCAUCUUCAGAAACGUUGCCUAGUUCUCAACCAAGAACAUCACUGCUCCAGGAAGACCUGCAGCUCAGUGAUAGUGAAGAGAGUGGUGACGACCAAGUUGUUGAAAAGCCACCUUCUUCACUUGCUCCUCCAAGUGCCCUACAGUCCCAGCCUGAGAGUGUGGCAUCAGCACAUUCCAGCAGCUCGGAGUCAGGGAGCACCAGUGACUCAGACAGCUCUUCAGACUCAGAGACGGAUAGCAGCUCGAGUGACAGUGAAGCAAACGACCCUCCGAGAGCGUCAGCGCCUGAGCCGGACGCACCAACAUCUAAUAAAUGGCAGCUCGACAACUGGCUGACCAAGGUGAACCCACCAGCAGUGCCAACAGAGAGCCUCGGGAAAGAUACCCAAGGGGAUGGACGUGAGGAGGGCAAGGAGCAGGGGCAGGGCACCAGCAGCAACUCCUUCCACCAGCAGGCUGAGCUGAGGGAGCCUCGUCAGGAGAGCUCCGGCCAGGAGGCCAACGCUCCUCAGGACACUGAUCUUCCAACCAAACACAGCUGCCAGAAGUCUCCAGUGUGUUCCGAGGAGCCCCCACCCAGGCAGACUGUGGGUAUCAAAAAGCCUGGUAAGGCCCCAGUGUACAAGGAGCCCAAGGGAGGCCUGAAGGUGGAGAGUGACCCUGGUCCUUUUGAGGUCAGAGACCAGUCUUCCAGAGACAAGCCAAAAGUCAAAACGAAAGGGAGGCCACAAUCCUGUGACAGAAGAGGCCUGAAGCCAGCACUGGAAGAGUCCCCUGAGAACAGAAAGCACAAGCGCUCCCACCAGUCCGAUGCCAAACCCUUCUUGGACCCCAAGCUCAUGAGAGAUGCUUUGUUUGGCAGCACACAGGAGCUUCUCGCUCUCAGUCCCCUUCCUCAAGUCCAGGACAUGACUCCCACCAGGACUAGUGACCACAGGCCUGCUGCUGUGGCCGGAGACGAUUUUCACAAGGAGAAACUUCCCGUGCUUGUCAGGGAGCCCCCGCCAGUGCAGGACUCCUCCAGCCAUCAGUCCCUCAUGGUGAAAAUAAAACUCCCUCUCCUGUCACGAGUCCCUGAGAAAGGCAGUCACCAGAAGAAAGCAGAGGCCAAGAAACACCCUGGUGCCAAGAAGCAGAACUUGGAGAGGAAAACCACGGACCCUCCGGACAAGUCUAUUCAAAAGAGGAAGAAAGAAAUGGAGAAGGAGAUUGAUAGGAAGAAAAUGAAAUUGGAAAACAAGAAAAAAUCAUUGCAGUCUUCAGCUAACAAAGACUCCAAUAAAAUGAAAGCAUCAAAAGCUGCAUUUGAAACCCAGAAGAAAGAUCCGCUGCAUCCACCACUGCCACGCACAUCUUCUGCACAUUCUGCACCAGUGUCAACCAAAAAGCCCCAAAAGAGACCCAGAAGUGAGAGUAAUGCCAUGGAUAACGCUGACAGGAACAAGAGCGACUACAAGGAUCCUUUGUUCUCCAAGCACCAGAAAGUGGAGUCGUCGAAUGGUAUCAAAGAAUCUGCAGGGAAUGUCAGAAAUAGUUUCGCAGUGCCUUCUUUGCCAAAUGCCUUCAAGCCAAGGAGACCUCGACUCAAGUUUGACAAUCCCCAAUCCAGACAGCAUCCAGUGGAGUAUUACAUGGACGAGGCCAAGAGGCUGAAGCACAAAGCUGAUAAAAUGACCAGCAAGACUGCAAGGGCCUAUCAGUACCUAGAUGCUGCCCUUUCCUUCAUUGCAUAUGGGAUUGCCUUGGAAUCGGAUGCAACAGCACCAAAAUCAGCUUACAGCAUAGUCAGCGACACCAUAGAGCUCAUCAAAUUCACCAUGACAUUGAAAUUCGUUGUGGAAGCCACAGCAACUUCAUAUGACAAAAUCUUUGCCGUGUUGUGCCUGCGCUGCCAGGCCAUUCUGCACAUGGCACUGUUCCGUUACAAAAAAGAGAUUGUACUGAAGGACUGCAAGAUCCUGAAUGACUACUUCAAGACUUCUUCCAAAUUAACACAAGCACCUUGUUCAUAUGCUGCAAGAAGCACAGGCAUGCCUUCUCCUCCUCCAAUGCCUUCCCCUGCCAGUUCUGUGAGUUCUCAGCCUGGAUCGAAAGUUAGCAACCACAGUGGCAACAGCACUGGCUCUUCAGUCACUGUCCCCUCUUACGUCCCAAGCACCACUUAUUCCUACGUCAACAUCACUUCCUGUGUCCUCUAUGCCUAUAAUAUUUGGGAACAGGCUGAUGAACUGGCCAGGAAGAAUAAGGAGUUUUUUGCUGAACUCAGCUCAGUGACCUGCACUCUGACACUGAGCAGUCACAUGACCGAACUGAUACACUACGUUAGACAGGGUUUACACUGGCUGAGACUGGAAACAACUGCGCCUUCAACUGGUGCUUCAGCAGGACACUAAUCACACGUGAAGAAGUGCCGACAAGAAGGAAAUCUGCCUCCAGAAGUUAUUAUGCAACAUCCCACAGUCUGCAACAGUUGUGUUCCUGGAAGAUGUGGUUUUUUGCAAGCACAGAUGCAAUCUUUGGUGUCUUUGUUCCUGAGAUGGCAAGUAGCAACCCCAUAGGAUCGAACAAUGUUCUGUUACAAUAAAAACAAAAAAGUUG